GCCGGGACUCGAUCUCCGCAUCCUGGCCGUGGGAUCCGUCAUCUGACGGCGACUGACUCGAGUCACAGAUCUCGCGACGACGGCUUUCACAGGCUCGUGGUCUGUGUUGAGACGGCAUGCGGUUUCGGUUCCUAAUCGGGGUUCGGCGAUCCAGAUCCGACGGCCUUUAGUGGCUCCGGCAAGGCAAGCUCUUAUCCGAUAUUCGAUGUGGUUGGAUAAUUCCUCCCAUUCCCAACGAGCUCGCCAACCGCGGAAACAGUCAGGGGCGUGACAUGGGCGUUCCGUGCACUGAAUGAACCCUAAUUGCAGCUAUUUAUAAUACCCGCGUGACUCUUGUCGAGGUCCGAGAACCUCAGAAAGCCCGAUAAAUGCAGUUUUAUAUCUGGAAAUAGACAAAUCCAUUAUCGAUUGGCAGAUCGACGGUUGUUAGUCGGAAACCCGGUCCGACUAAGCUCCGGUGGGAUGACCGAGUAGGAAGCUCCGGGCGAAACGUUCGGGAGGGCUAGACAAGGACUCCGGAACAUGACGACCGAAUGGACCGUCGCCUCAGCCGUUAGAUAGGAGGCACGUGGAAGGGCAGGGAGGGGAGCUCAUUGCCGGACGUGGACUUGUCUUCGAUGCGAGAUGAUUUUGAACGAGGACCGCGAGGCUCGCACGCUAUGGCUCUGGGACGGCACGGGACGGGACGGGAGGCAAGAUCGGCGACGGUAUCACCGCGAACGCCUCCUGCGGCGACUCAUUCCAACGGCCGGGCGCCAGAGGCUCGGCAGUCGAUUCGAUGAAGUCCGCUGUAGCGACGGAAUUAGCAAUUCACUGUCUCCUGCUUUCCACAUGUCCACCCGAAUUGGCGCACUCUGUAGUUCUACAGACAUUCAUCUGGCCGGGCGAUAGGACAAAGUUUCACAUGGAAGGAUUUAGGGAACACCAUUGGAAGGGGGGGGAGGGAUGGUGUGGUGAGUGAGUAUUAAUCAGAGGACGUAGAGGUUUUUCUUCUCACCCUCAACUGCGUGUUUGUGUCCGGGCUAUUUGUGUGCGGGCUUCCCCUGGACAUUUUUGGUCCAGAUUUUGUCUUUCUUUGAGGCUUUUGUACUAUCAUGCGUCGCAUUACCCUAACAUGGAAGCAUUGAGAAUAGCAUAGACACGCCCAACGUUUGCCCACAAAUAGCUCACAUGCUUACUUAAAUUACAGGUAGAGUCACC